AUGAGUCGUGCAAAAGCGUUGGUUCGCCUUUUAGAAUAUCAUCCUAAUGGUUCUUCCCAACAAGGUUCAGCUAGUAAUUUUAUAGCCGAAAACAACACUGAAUAUCUGAAAAAGUUUGUGAAUUUUUUUAAGAAUUCCACCCAUGCCUCAUGUCAUCCUCCAAUUUUUGAGAGGUAUUUUAUCAAGGAAAAUGAUCGUCGUAUCCGUCUUUCAUUCUCUUUCGCUGUCAAAUUUUCGCUAGUUACCCCUACUACUGAAGUUUUGCCACUUGAAGGUCUUGUAGAGAAAUGUUUCUGUUUUACUAAAGCAAACAUUACAACAUUAAAAUCGAGGGUCAAUUCGAAGAUCAUUUCUGAAACAAAACAAAGUAUGGUAAUAUCAUCAUCACAGGCUUUAUUAACUCAUGUUUGGACAGCGGAUUCCGUGGUUGAACUAAGGAUGUGUGGUCUCAAUUAUUUUAAGAGGUCCGAGACGCGAUUGGGUUUGAUUUUAGGAAGCAUUAUAGAUUAUUGGCAAUUGAUAUUUGCUUGUUUGGUUGUUCAUUUCAGUAAUUAUGUUUCGAUCUGUACUAUUAAACAUUUCAUGGAAAAUGCAGCACCAAUUGGUAGGGAACAUCAAGGUAACGAUUUCGGUUGGGGGCGACAAAUUGCUAUAAAAAUAGGUAGAAACGGCGAAAAUUAUGGAAUAACUACUGUGAGUCCAGGACCAGUUGAAGGAAGUAUUGAUAUUGAGAUUUGCCUUCCGGUUGAGGUCUUUAAGGCUAUGGAGAAUGAUGCUAAAUUCAUUGAAGCCUUUCCGUCUUAA